AGAUUUCAUCCUCCGGAGAGGAUGGGGAAAGGCAAACGGAGCGCCGCCAUUGUUAUUUCUUCAUCCGACGAUGAAGAAAUGGGCGAUUUCUUCAUCGGCAAGAGUCUCGGCAACUCGAAGCAGAAAUCAAAGUCGGGUAGGUCAGCUUCCGUUCGAAGAACGAACCCUAAGAGAGCUAAGAAAGCCCCUCAUUCUGGUUCGAGUUCGCUCCCGCCUCACUCCAUAAAGUAUAGCGACUUCGAUGAGAUCAAAAGGUUUUGUGAUGAGUUUAAAGAAGGGCUCUCUGAGUUCAAGGUAUCUACUGGUCAUAAUAGCAGUAGUGAUUUGUGGGUUGAUAAAUACAAGCCUUGUUCUCUGGAGGAGCUAGCUGUUCAGAAGAAGAAGGUCGAAGAGGUCAAAAUAUGGUUUGAGGAGAGGCUGAUAAAUAGAAUGGAUAGAUCUUAUAACCACGUUCUUCUGAUUGCUGGCCCUGCUGGAACUGGAAAAUCUGCAAGUGUUCAUGUUAUUGCAUCGCAUCUUGGAGCCACUAUUUGUGAAUGGAAUACUCCUACUCCAACUAUUUGGAAAGAACACUUACAUCAAUCCAACUCAGGCCUACAGUACAUGUCCAAGUUGGAGGAAUUUGAAAGUUUUGCUGAAAGGACAAGAAAGUAUGGGUUAAUCUCCUCCACUGUAACUGGACAAUCAUUGGCCCCAGUUAUACUCUUAAUUGAUGAUCUCCCAGUUGUAAAUGGGAAUGCUACAUAUGAAAGACUCAAGAGGUGCUUGACGCUUCUUGUACAAUCAGUUCGUAUUCCGACAGCCUUGUUGUUCACGGAUCAUGGUAAGGCUGACUCUACUGGAUUCAACAUGCGCUACCCAGAGGAACUCCUCCAGUCUCUUGAAUAUGCUGGUGCUUGUAAGGUUACCUUCAAUCCAAUCACAACCAAUUCUAUGAAGAAAGCUCUUGAAAAAAUCUGCCGAAUGGAACAGGUUAAAGUUAGCGCGGAUUCAGUUGAAGCAAUAGCAAAAGCAAGCGGAGGUGAUAUCAGGAAUGCGAUUACCUCUUUACAGUAUUUCUGCCUGAACCCACAUUCACUGCUUUCUCAACCUUCCUCCAGCUGUUACUCCAUUCCUUCAAAAGAAAGUCGAGAUGAUGCCAAUGCUUCAAAUAACCGAAUUCCUUUGACAUUUGGCAGAGAUGAAACCCUUUCAUUGUUUCAUGCAUUAGGGAAAUUUCUGCACAACAAAAGAGAGAGUGAAGGUACUACUUCAGAUGGAGGUUUAUUUGCUUUAAAUGAGAAAUUCACGCGCUUGCCGCUAAAGAUGGAGGCUCCAGAAGUUGUUCUUUCACAAGCACAUGGCCAAGCAAGACAUAUCACUGAUUUUCUGCACGAGAAUGUCUUAGAUUUUUUAAGCGAAGUAGCCACAGAUGAUGCAUGGGUUGUGUCGUCUUAUUUAAGUGAUGCUGAUUUCCUUCUUGCACCACCCAAUACUAUGCUAGCCUCAAGUUUGCGGUCCGAGAAUCUUCAACACUCAGUUGCUGCUUCAGUUGCUGCAAGGGGUGUGUUAUUUGGUAACAAUCAUCCAUCACCUUCCAGGUGGCAUGCCAUCCGCCGACCAAAAUUGUGGCAGGUCGAGCAAUCUUUGUGGCAAAACAAGUGUCAGAUGUGGAGGGAGAGGGGUUAUUAUUACAGUGACAUUGACAAGCAUGUCAAGCAGUGCAUGCCUAUGCACUCUGUGAUUGCAACUGAGCUUAAACCUGUCCUAAAAUGGCUUGGGCACAGAUUGUGUGGUGAUUUUGGAACCAAUGAUACACACAAAAAACCCGUCAAUGGCAUGUCUUUGGGUGAUGAAAGUGAGGACAUAUCCGAUGACGACGACGACAUUGAAGACUGGUAAUGCUUGAUGACAUUUCUUCCCAGGUUUGAGUUUGUCCAAAUCUGAGUUUUUGUCACAUGUAAAUUGUGUAAAUAGUUAAAAUAUUCUUCCCAUUAUUGGGGUUCCAUUUUUUUUCUUCUUGAUAGGAUGUUGAUGUCCAUCUUUUUCUCUCAUUUACGUGCUGAAUGCUAUUGACCUUCAUAAAAAGAACAGUUAUUC